GAGAGGGGGAUGUGGGGUCUGUAGCUCAGCACACUGAGUCCCUCCUCCCCGCCUCCCUCCCUCCCCCUGUCUCCAUAACCAGCCCAGCAGCGCCCUGAGGAGGAGGAGAGCAGCGACCAGACCUACUUUAUUUUUUUCCCUCUCUCCUCCCGGGCAGCAGCCGGAUCGGGGAUUCCUGUGGAUUAAACCAGAAGCAGAGGACGCUCCGGGAUAUACAGAGAUUAUUGCUGCAGCCCCGGAUACCUGCUGACACUGGGAGAGCCCCUGAUACCUGCUCAUACCUUGGGAGCCCCUGAUACAUUGUCACCGAGACCCUGAUACUUUGCAUCACUGGGAGAGCCCCUGAUACAUUGUCACCGAGACCCUGAUACAUUGUCACCGAGACCUGGAUACAUCGUGUCACUGGGAGAGCCCCUGAUACAUUGUGGACUGGGAGCCCCUGAUGGAUUGUGUCACAGAGAGCCUGAUACAUUGUAUCACUGUAGGAGCCCCUGACCCCCUGUGUCCCUGAGAGGAGCCCCUGUGUCCCUGAGAGGAGCCCCUGAGGAUUAGCAGCGCGGGUGCCCACCCCAUGAGCCGCCUGGCGGUGCCCGCUGCAGCCUGGCAUGCCCGGUGCCCCUAGCCCCAGGCGGUGACGGCUCUCUCCCCGCAGAAGACUGGCGCAUGUUGGAGAGCGCUGCUGCGGCUGCCGCUGGUCCCUGCCCGGCCUCGGGUCCCGGAUCCUUCAUGACUUGCGGGCGACAUGCACGUUCCUUAGCCGGGAAGCGCUGCUCUCGCCCCGCAUGUUCAGGACCAAACGCUCUGUGCUCGUCCGGCGACUGUGGAGGAGCCGAGCCCCGGGGGAGACGGGGGAAGGGGAAGCCGAGGGCCGGCCGCAUGGGGGCUGCUGCGCCGGCAGGACGGCCAAGGUGCCCCGGGCACAGCCGGGCUCGGAGGCGGAACUGAAGGCGCUGGCCCACUCCGUGCUCCGGAGGCUGAAGGAGCGGCAGCUGGAGGGCUUGCUGCAGGCGGUGGAGAGCCGGGGGGGAGCCCGCAGCCCCUGCCUGCUGCUGCCCGCUGCCAAGCUGGACUCCCGGCCCGGACAGCAGCCCCUCUCCCUGCCCCUGCUGCUCUGCCGGAUCUUCAGGUGGCCGGAUCUCCGCCACUCGGCCGAGGUCAAGAGGCUCAGCUGUUGCGAGUCCUAUGGGAAGAGUAACCCGGAGCUGCUGUGCUGCAACCCGCAUCAUCUCAGCAGGCUCUGCGAGCUAGAGUCCCCCCCACCUCCCUACUCCAGAUACCCAAUGGAUAUUCUCAAACCUUCUGCGGAUCCUUCAGACUGUGUGCCUUCCUCCACCGAGACAGGGGGAACUAAUUACCUGGCCCCCGAGGGGCUUUCAGAUUCACAACUUCUCCAGGAGUCUGGGGACCCGUCCCAUUGGUGCGUGGUCGCAUACUGGGAAGAAAAAACACGGGUGGGUCGAUUAUACUCUGUCCAAGAAAAUUCCCUGGAUAUCUUCUAUGAUCUACCUCAGGGGAACGGCUUCUGCAUCGGACAGCUAAACUCGGACAACAAAAGCCAGCUAGUGCAGAAAGUACGGAGCAAAAUCGGAUAUGGGAUCCAGCUUACAAAGGAGGUGGACGGCGUCUGGGUUUAUAACCGCAGCAGUUAUCCCAUCUUCAUUAAGUCGGCAACACUGGACAACCCAGACUCUAGGACGUUACUGGUCCAUAAAGUGUUCCCUGGCUUCUCCAUCAAAGCUUUUGACUAUGAAAAGGCUUACAGUUUGCAGCGGCCUAAUGACCACGAAUUCAUGCAACAGCCGUGGACUGGAUUUACUGUACAGAUAAGCUUCGUGAAAGGCUGGGGACAGUGCUACACGAGACAGUUUAUCAGUAGCUGCCCCUGCUGGCUGGAGGUGAUAUUUAAUAACCGGUGACUCGGAAACGAGUGGACAGAUUUUGGACUCGUCGACUACAUGCUGCUAUUUUUUUCCUUCCGAGUGCUUGCUUCUUUGUGCAAAAUUUUUGUUUUCCACUUUUUUUUUUUUUUUCCUGUUUUGUUUUGAGAAAUAGCUUAUGUCAGGAUUUUAUUUUUUUCGGUGGGGAGGUGGGGAGUUCUUCAAAUACUUUUAUUUUAAAGUGUGAAUGAUGUCUCGCGGGAAAGCUGGCAAAGGGGGGAAGUGAAGAAUGGGUCGCCUCUUCUCGUGUCUCAGUCCUUGCUCAUUGCACCAUAUUUUAUUAAUGCAAGGGGGUAGAUCAGUAUUUAUUUUUUAUGUAGAGGUGAUCCAUGAUGGACCUUCUCCCUGAUGUCUGGGUAGAGAGAGAGGCAAAUGGCCAUAAUAUGCAAAAAAAAAAGUAGUAGUUCUGCAGCAGCUGGGGAUCCACCAGUUUGUUCCUACACCAACUAAUUGGAAUCCCCUGCUGGCUGCAUUGCCUUGUACGUAUGAGGUUCUCAACUCAUGUCCUUGUUGGCUACGUGCUGCAGAGAUUCUAAAUCUACCUCUGUUUUGCGGGGGGGUGCUAAGUCCAAACUAGGGCGCUUGUCAGUGAUACAAUGAAAAUAUCUGCCAGUCGCUACCAAGGACUGACGCUGGGAAUGUCUUGUGCAGGGCUGUGGUAUGAUGUGACGCAAGGUUUACACGCUUCCAUUAUUACAGACAAAUGUCCCUCGUUCACGACCGGUAACUCAGCCUUGACGUGGCUUGUUUGGUGCAACCUCGACGACUGCACGCGUUAAGUGUGACGUAUGCAACAAUAUGUGCUGGGGUGCAGUGAUUGUGCUUCAUUUUUAUAAAGACCAAACUAAAAACUGCCGACCCGCCUCUGUACCCUCCCCACCCCUCUCCUACCCCCAUCACGCCAGUCACCAAAUGCAAGUUGUUUUUUAUUUUUUGUUGUUUUUUUUUAAUUAUUUUAUUUUUGUUCUGUUUAGUUUUUUUUCGAGAGGAGUACAUAUGGUUUGUUGUUUUAAAUAAACCAAUGCAAAUUUAUAGCUGCCUUUAAAGACCUUGUUCACAUAUGACAACAGUUUUUGUGAUAUAUGUAUAUCUAAAGUGAAUAUAUACAUAUAUAAGAAUUCGACCCUUUCGGCUGUCCUGUGUAAACCGAGACGGUCUCAGUGGUCAAUGGUUUCAUUUAUAUUUUAGUAAAGUGUAUAUGCUGUGCAAGAGCAAAGUAUUACUAAAACAACCUUUUAAUUUAGAAAAAAAAAUUCCUCAAUUGCUAGUGGUAGUAAAAAAAUAAAUAUAAAUGAUAUAUGUUUUUUGUUCAGAGCUAAAUGAAUAAAUCCCCUUUUUAAUGGGUGAAAAUGGAAUGGUAAUUUCUGUUUGUGACAUCACAGCAUUCCAGCUCCCCUAUUGGCUGCUAUCAGAAGCCGGCUAUCCCAAGUGCGGUGUAUUCCUUAACAAAGGAAAGUUUUACAAUACAAGUCAUUGCACAGCGUAUAGACACUUAGCGGGAGAUCUAUCGAACCUUAAAAGGACAACCAAUCAGACUCUAGCUAGAAUGUACUAGAUAAAUGAUAGCCAGAAUCUGAUUGGUUGAUAUGGGUAAAACCUCCACCGGUUCCCUUUAUAAGGUUUGAUACUUUUCCCUUCUUAAAGUGCAUCCAUCGCUUACACAAUGUGAAGACGGCCAUGCUCCAGGCUGUGCUAGUUGCCAUGAGAAUGCGGCCCAUCUGUUCACUAGGGCUGUUGUCUCCGGCCACAAGAUGGCUGCCUCCACUGUGUGUGAGAGACCCAUGCACGUAAAGUUCAUUCAUGUGUUUGAUAAGAUUAUAUAUCUGGAACGUACAGUAUUUGCUCACAUUUUCCUCUUAUAAGGUACAAGUUAUGCACAGAGAACCUUCAUUUCUUGUAUAUAUCAUACGUGGAGUAUGAUACAUAAACAUUGGUUAUAGCUCAAUGAGCAUGUUUAACAUAAGCUAUUUUUCUAAAUACCGAAGUCUAGAACAAGAGUAGGCACUCUUUGGAACUUAAAGCAAUGUAGUGCUUUGGAAAAGAAAUUAAAAAAACAAAAAAAACGGACUCCUAAAACUGAGAUUUAUUAAAGAAAAAAUGUAUUUUAUGUUAUAUAUAAAUAUAUUAUUACUUGUAAAUAUAAAAGACGUUUUAUAAGCAUCAUUAUUUAUGUAUUGUGCAAUGUGUAUAAACGAGAAAAAUUAAAAAGAUGCACUUUGCUUAAUAUAAAUGCAAAUAA